UUUAAUUUCACUUAGUCUAAAAGAUGCAUAAAAGGCCUCUCAAAAUUGAUACAGCAUCCACUCACCCAGACUCUUUAGAUGGCGAUCUCGAUUUCUCUCCAUGCUGUGAGAAAGUAGCGAGGAUAGAAGACCUUGAGAUAGGUAGAAUCAUCGGAGAGGGCGGCUGGGGUUCUGUCCGUCAUGCCAUUCAUAAAGAUACUAGUCAGAGUUAUGCUGUAAAGACUAUGUCUAAGCUAAGUUUGAUUCAAGAUAAGCAAUGAGACCAUGCAAAGAAUGAGAAAGAAAUACUGCAGAUGGUUAAUCAUCCUUUCAUCGUCAGAUUUGAGUCUUUCUCUCAAGAUGAUAAAUGCAUUUACUUUGUUCAAGAGUUUAUCAGAGGAGGAGAAUUCCUUACCUAUCUCAAGCAGAAUACAGUGCUUGACCUAACUUGUACGAGGUUUUAUGCAGCACAGAUAGUAAUGACUCUGCAUUAUCUUCAUUCUCAAGGAAUUCUUUAUCGCGAUUUGAAGCCAGAAAAUCUCCUGCUUGACCAUACAGGAUAUCUUAAGUUUAUUGAUUUUGGACUAAGCAAGAAACUUCCGAAAGAAAGAAACUGCUUUGGUAAAACCAAAACUGCUUGUGGGACUCCAGAUUACAUGGCUCCAGAAGUCCUGGAUAGAACAGGCUAUGGACUCGAAGCUGACUGGUGGUCCUUUGGGAUUAUUCUCUAUGAAAUGCAAGUCGGAGUGCCUCCCUUCACAGGAUCAAGCCAGAUGGAGAUCUUUGAGAAUAUCAAAUAUGGGGAGGUUUCUUUUCCUAGGGGCUUAGAUAUGGAAGUUAUGAAGCUCAUAGUUUCUCUUCUGAGGAAAGACCCCAAAAAGAGGAAAUGUAAAGCUAAAAAAGUGAUGAAACACAAAUUUUUCCAAGACUUUGACUUCAACUCUCUCGUAUUCAAAUAGACUUUCUCCUCCUAUGAUCCCAGAUACAAGCGCUUCAGACAUGACCACAAACUUCCAAGUUUUAGAAAAAUCGAUGCUAAAUAAGCAUAAUUGUCCAUCAAUUCAUCCAAAGAUUGACAUAUUUUUAGACUGGUAAAAGAUUCCAAGUAAUUACUCUAAACUAUUCAAUUUGCCUGA